ACAUAGGGUUAGUUUAGUCAAUUAUUAAAGUCUCCAAAGUGCCAAGUUCGAACUUUAGCUUGACACUCUGGUCAUACUUUAGCCGUCGACUAAAGCUGUUAAAGAGAAAGGGGAUGUUCCUGCGAAGAGUCUCUCCUCUGUUCUGUACCAUAACCAAAAGAUCACAAAGUCGCUUCCUUUCGAGUCCGGCUAACUCUGCCCAAAACUGGGCAUCUCGCCACUACUUACAAGCUACUCGUUCAUACGCAAGUGGAGGACGUAAAGACUACAAUCUCUUUGGUAAUGUCAAACCAGGCGAUGCUGACUUUAGAAAAGUCUGGGAGAAAGAUAUGAAGGAUGAUGAUGAUGAUGAUUAUACUCUAUGGUCAGCAAGUGAAGACGAAGCCAAUGAUAAAGGAAGAAACCGUCUUGAGAAAGAGGUUAAGAAAGCUAGGCAACAAGCUAAAGCCUCCUCAGAUCUAAUCGAUGCAGACGACAGUGACGAGCUAUACAGCGUUUGGUCCGGAAGCGACGAGGAGAAAACGUUAUGGACCGGCGACGAAGGCGACGACGACGACGAUAUUCCGACAGAGCCACACCCAAACGAAGCAUCUGACAAGUACUUGGACAAGUUGUUCGAGUUCGAGGAGAAGCCAAAGUACAGAACAAUCUCAGAGCUGUUGAAAUCCGAGAACGAGCCUGAGGAGCUUUCCCCUGGUAAACAGGCGAGGAAGCUGGCCGUUGAGAACGCGUUGAAGAAGCUGAACAAAGGGCCUGACGGGCGUUACACUAACGUCUGGGAAGUGAUGAGUGAUGUGGAUAUUCUGAUUGGUGCGUUUGAGAAUAUUAUCUCGGGGCCUGAGUAUGAAGAGCUGAGGAAAGGUGGACCCAAGAGGUUGAACAUGCAGUUUUUUAAGGAUAUACAAACAAAGAUGAGAGAUCCAAACUUCAAAUUCACGCCUGAGAUAAAGCUGAAGCCUAAGAGUAAACUGGUGCCUAGGAAGAAAUGGCAGAAGGCUCAGUCUAGAAGAAGGAAAGCUCAGAAGCGGUAAAAAGCUCAUUGCCUGUUCAAGGAUCCUAAUAGAUUUUAACAGGUUAGAAGAAUGACUUGAGUGUUAUGACUGUUUCAUCUAGGCCUGAUGAUCAUCUUGUAAAGAAUCGGUACGGUGAUUAAACAACACCUUUCCUUUGGAGUGAUUCUGGGGGAGACUUUAUAUUCCUUUCUACUAAAGAAAGAAGCUUUUGAACGAAAAGCUAAAGAUGCUUUGGUCCCUAUUGGACAUUUUUGUUGGAAUAAUACAGCUUUUCUGGCAUUUUGAUCUUCAAAAGUUUUCUUUUUUUCCUUUUGGUGUUAAAAAGUUGGAACUUGUAAUGUUGACACUCUCUUGCCAUUUGAAGCUUAACAAAUCACAAUAUUCUGAUUUUCUGGUCU